UAAAACACGCAUGCCCACACUACUACAUUAUAGCCAUAUCUACUUCCUAACAGAGAGAGAGAUGGGGGAGGAGAGAGAGGUGGAUGCACUGGUGACGGAGGCGCCAAUGGCGCCGGUUACCGCCGAGAGAAAGGUCCGAACGGACUUGGAGAAAUUUGUUCCCAAGCCUUACAUGGCGAGAGCACUGGUGGCUGCAGAUGCAGAACACGCAAGUGGAACAUUGGGCCAUAGCCAUGGCAACAUGAGCGUCCUUCAACAACACGUCGCCUUCUUCGACCGAGACGGCAAUGGAAUUAUCUACCCCUGGGAGACUUACCAGGGGCUCCGUGCAAUUGGAUUUAAUGCUAUUGUCUCGGUUAUUGUAGCGCUAGUUAUCAAUGGAGCAUUAAGUUAUCCUACUCUUCCUGGAUGGAUCCCAUCUCCUUUAUUUCCAAUUUACAUACGCAACAUACACAAAUCCAAGCAUGGGAGUGACAGUGGAACCUAUGACACAGAAGGAAGGUUCGUUCCGUCCAAUAUGGAGAACAUAUUCAGCAAAUAUGGUGGAACAGUGCCCGACAAGCUCACCCUCAAAGAGCUAUGGGACAUGACCGAGGGGAAUCGCGUUGGAUUCGACUUCUUUGGCUGGGUAGCGGGUAAGCUGGAGUGGGGACUCCUGUAUAUUCUUGCCAAGGAUGAGGAAGGUUUGCUGUCCAAAGAAGCCAUUCGGCGCGUUUUCGAUGGCAGCUUGUUCGAGUACUGCGCCCAGACGCAAAAGGGCGACACCUUAGAGACCAGAAAAGCUAAAUGAUCAUUGGGGAAGAUGCAUGGGCUAAAUUAGGAGCAUUACUGCGACAGCGUAGGCACCUGUUUCUUUGAUUACAGGAGGUAGUUGUGUGUGAUCGUCUAUUGUUUAUUCUAUUUUCUCAGCAUAUUUCGAAUCAGAAGAAGAAGAAGAUUCAGGGGAUGAAUCUCCUUAUGAUCUCAAGCUAAGUCAGUUAAGACUAGCUAUGAUAAGAGCAGCACCAAAACUAAUUUCUCUAGCAGGAGAAGAAGAAGAUCUAGUGCAGAAGAAGAAACUGAAAUUCCUUCAAUAUAUAAGCAGUGUCUGAUGAUAUUACAAAAAUUAAUUGUGCGUCUCCCCUGGUGUGCGUAGAUCUUGUCUGCUUUUGAUAUUUUGGUACUAAAAUAAUUUUGGUUGAUGUUGGGGAGAGCGCCCCACCGUGCCACUUAAA